AGCCGCAGUGAGUUGUAAACACAACAGUUGCGGUUGGCUGUGUAUGUUCGAGAGCUAGCUAGUCUGAGCUAAGGUCUAGGACAUAUACCGGCUCUGGUUAUAUAUAUCGACAUUUUAUGUAAAAUUAGCAGCAUCGUGUGGGACUUUUGCAUUAGAUAACACACAUAAAAUGUUGAGAAAACAUUGCUAAUAUAGAGAAAUACGUUAGCUCGCUAUGACGUUAGCGUUAGCUUGUAACCAAUGACAAAGCGCCUGAGAGGAAUUGUUAACCAGCUAGCGAAUAUUUUUGGUGUUUAUUUCCUAUUCAACGCUGCUUAUGCUUGAUUGUGUGGCUUUAGAUAGAAGCUUGUUAAUGUUACCGCGUUGCCAACAUGGACCAUUGUAUACCGCCUUUAUUCAGCGUAAUUAAUUAGUUUGGGAAAGUUAGCUUGAGCAAAGCAAUAGGCCAUCAACAGACAUCUUGAGACGGUAACUAAAAAGCCGAAUAAUUCUUUCGGAUUUAAACAAACUACGAUAGAGGCUCCUCCAGGUGGAAAAAGUGUUAUCAUAUGUUGACUGACAACAGGAAGCGACAGCACAGCGGUGGUGAUGAGGAGAGUAGCCGCCUGGUGCCUCAAGCCAAAAGGCAGAGCAGUGCUCAUCCUCUCUCCCCUGAGCCAGGUCGGGAUGCUUGGGACUCAGAGACAUCCAACAGCGAGAGCAGCAGCAACAUCAGCAGUCCCGAACAUGCAGCUGGGAGUCGGUGUGCUUUGGGCCCCUGCAGCCCCUCCAGCUCCGGCCUCUCGUCGGAGCUGGGCGGCCCCGCAAAUCAGCUGUCGUACCUGCAGAUCAACCGCAUCCUCAGGGAGGCCCACUUCUAUAGCCUGCAAAGCCGAGGUCAGCUCAGAGACCCCAGAUGAAAUGACGCUGUCCUCGGAGACGCCAAAGGACUGAAAACAUGUCGCUGAUCGUUUCGUUCGGCUCUUCCUCUCCCAUCUUCAGUCAUUACAACACAUAUCACAGCU